GGCAACUCGGCAACUUAGCAACUUCGUUUCGCGUCAGUGGAACGAAAAUGAUAAGAAGUUGCUCGGUUAUUGGCUGGAACUAGCAACCAAAUCAAAAUUUUUUGAUUUGGUUGCCAAGUUGCCAGUUGCUGGUUGCUAGUUGCUGCUUAUGUAGCAGUCGACUCUGAGUAAUGAGGACUGGAGAGUGGGGAGACGAGGAGUGGAAAAAAAUGAAAAUUAUUUUGAAUUUCGUUUUGAAAAUAAUAUGAUAACUUGAUAAGAGAAGUCAGAGCUCUGAAGUCUCAUCUCAAUCAUUUUCAUCCUUGCAAAAAAAUCAAGUAGUUUUGAUUUUUAUUUGAUCUUGAGAUUUCAAAAUCUGGUGUACACUACAAUAAUGGCAGAUAGAUUAACGCAACUACAAGAUCUAGUGAAUCAGCAAGCCGAAAACUUUUGUAACGCAAUUGGUAUCUUACAACAGUUUGCACCACCAAGUAAAUUUGCCGCUUUUGAUCGUAACGGAUCUCAAACUCCUCAACAACAAGAAGAUUAUGCACAUUUAUUUGCGGUACAAAUCGCUCGAACUGCCAAAGACAUCGAUGCUGUUAUUGAAUCUUUGCCAAAUGAUGAACAGUCUUUAGAACUACAAGUUGCAGGUCUUCGAAGAUUGGAACAAGAAAACCAAGCAGCUUCUGAAAGACUGAGAGAAGAAGUAAGACAUGGAGAACUACUUCAUGAACAAGUUCAGCAGGUUCUUUCUGAUAUAGCUCAGCAUCAGUUGGAUAUACAACAACCUCAAUCGGAUGCUAAGAAAUGAAUUUCAGUUUUUUCAUAUUUGAGUGUUUAUGUUUGUGUUUUAUAGAAGUCUACCAUUAAUUCGGAGUUUCUGAGCGUGAGCUUGAUUGUACAAAACGUUCUAUUAGCAAUAUUCUUUCAGAAUUUUGUCUGAUUGAUUGUUUGAAGUUUUAGUCGUUCAAUAUUUUUCUAAUAACUCCGGAGUAAUGAUAUCAACUUGAAACUUUUUAGCUUUUAUGCUUUUGUAUACUAUUCAAGUGAAUUUUUUGGGAAGUUGAGCACCAACCACGAAAAAUCAUUCGCUUACGUUUGAAAAUCAUGAAAUUUAAAAAAUAUCAUUUAUUCAAAUACUUCAAUUCUUUCACAAAACUAAUGAAUGAUAAUUAUUACAAUAAAUGUUGAAAUUACACGCAGAAUCAUUUUAAAAAAUUACUUGAUGAUUACAUCAAAAAACUAGGCAUAUUAUUAAAUUAUACGUAAUUAUACUUUUUUUUAGUCUCAUAAAUUCCAACUUUUUUCAUAAUUUUCAUAAGUUUUUCUCCGAAUAGAAAUGAAUUAUGUACUGUGAUACAAAAAUUUUUAUUGUUCAAUUGAUUUUAAACAAUAAAACUUGAAACUUGAUACCA